AUGCAACUCGUUGGCGCGCCGCCCGAAACGGCUCACUUAACAGCAACGGUGCCAGCCAUAUCGAAGCCGCGCAGCAAGAAUGUGCUGGACCUUACGGAUGCUGCGAUUUCCACGGGCGAGGCCAGCCAGCCGGAAAGCAGUGGCGAGCAUGCGUCUCAGGCUAAACGUGAGGCAGUCCCGUCAAUAACUCUUCCACGGCAAAGUUCAGAUGUGCGCCACUUCGCGAUGGACAUGGGGGGCUCACUUGUGAAGCUAGUUUAUUUUUCGCCAGAUGCCGAAGAUGAGGCGGCUGAUUCUUUGAGGCCUUCUUUUAUAGGGGGAGGAAGGCUACACUUCCGUAAGUUCGAGGCAUCAAAGAUAGAGCAGUGCGUGAGGUUUAUCGAGCAGAAACGUCUGCAUCUUGGUGCGGAAGGUGGCAAAGCUGUUGUGAAGGCCACAGGAGGUGGUGCCUUUAAAAAUUCUGAGCUUUUUCUCGAUCAGUUUGGAAUCCAACUUCAAAAGGAAGAUGAAAUGAAAUGCGCGGUUGCCGGUGCAAACUUCCUUCUUCAAGCCAUCAGAGAUGAAGCCUUCACAUUUACUGAAGGCCGGAAAAACUACGUCGCGCAUAAGGAUGGAUCGCAUGAUGAUGAUUUAUUUCCAUAUCUGCUUGUGAAUAUUGGGUCAGGCGUUAGUAUAAUUAAGGUGGAUACUGAUGGAUUUGAGAGAGUUGGUGGUACAAACAUCGGAGGUGGGACGUUUUGGGGUCUAUGCCGUCUUCUGACAGGGAUGCGGGAUUUCGAUCAGAUGCUGGCAUGCAGCGCUAUAGGUGAUAAUAGUAAAGUGGAUAUGCUCGUCGGAGACAUAUACGGUGGCAGAGACUAUGCUAAGGUUGGGCUGUCUAGUACCACAAUAGCAUCCUCAUUCGGCCGUGUCGUUAUGGACGGUGGGUCCUUGACCGAUUACAAUAAAGCGGAUAUUACUCUUUCGUUGUUACGGAUGAUCAGCUACAAUAUAUCUCACAUCGCUACAAUGACUGCAGUUAAACAUGAUUUAAAACGAAUAUACUUUGGCGGUUACUUCAUCAGAGGGCAUGCGUACACGAUGAACACGAUUUCUUUUGCCGUGGAUUAUUGGAGUAAAGGAAAUCUAAGAGCCAUGUUUUUGCGUCAUGAAGGUUUCCUUGGUGCAUUGGGAGCGUUUCUUCAAGAUGGGCAAGCGCAAGCACUGAAGACCUCGCCGCUGCAAGGUGCAUGGAUUGAAAAAUUCAUCAAAUGUUCAAUGCCCAUGUCUUCAGAUGAACGACUUGAAGCCAAAAUGAGGGAUAAAGCGGGGAACGCUUGUAAUUUGUGGGGUCCUGGCGAAAGUCUGUCAAUCUCAAGCUCCCGUACAGAUCUGCGAAAGCACCCAGGUGUUGGGAGGGCACAAAGCUUCCUGGAAACUGGGCCAACCAAAGCGGAUGUCAAUACCACAAGCAUUAAUAUUUUCCUUGAGAACCAUGAUCAAGGUCCAUUUUGCGAUCUUCUCGUUGAUGAUCAGUCGGGGCUAGAGAGCUCUGUCCUUGAUUACGGAAGCAACCAACUUCUGAGCAAAGCUGGGCUCCAAGUAGGAGUUCUACACCUUGUGCCAACUCUUCAAUUGUUCCCGCUGUUAAAAGUGCCUGAGCGGUAUGAGCCAAAUGUUAUUGAUAUUCUUGAAUUUCGCGAGGAACGUGAAUACUGGCUCGACACCCUGCAGAAGCUUAAUCCCGGAUUACUGGAAAAGGCAGUCGCUUCAGAAUGUGCUUUCCAAGGCACUGGUAAGGUUAGCUGCAGCGACACCCACAAACGAGCAAAGGCGUUUUGCCUUGCUUUCUCAACGCAUCUUGAUCGCCUGCGCGACGAACCUGCUGCUUACGGUCGGAUUGGGCUCUCCGAACUGCUUGAAAUGAGGGAAGAAUGUCUGCGGGCAUUCGGGUUCAAGGAUGUAUACUCUGCAAUAAAGCAGCAAGAGAAUGCCGCGGCGCUUGCAGUUUUACCCGAUUUACUAGCAGACUUAGAUGUCCUGCACGAAGAAGAAAGAGUCCUCGCAUUGAUUGAAGGUGUUCUUGCUGGUAACAUAUUCGACUGGGGCAGUCAGAGCUGCGUGGAUUUAUAUAAAAACGGCACCAUACUCGAAAUAUACAAAAAUGUGAGGUCUUCUAUUGCUCGACCCUGGGCUGUAGAUUGCUUCGAUGAUUUUCGUGAAGCGCUCCUUGGAAUUGAUCAGCAAAGGACUACUUCUUUAGUAGGGGAAAAACAACAACAACAGGAUGUCUCAUCUGUUUACCAUAGCAGGUAUAAAAAAGCGUUGGUUUUUUGUGAUAAUAGCGGUGCUGAUGUUGUGCUAGGAAUUAUUCCCUUUGCUCGCGAGCUACUACGGCAAGGAACCGAUGUGUGCCUUGUCGCAAACUCCUUACCAGCCAUCAAUGACGUCACGGCCGAUGAGAUGCGAGAUGUUUUGCGGCGUGCCGCACACAUGUGUGAAAUCGUAUCAAGUGCUAUCGCUAGGGGUCAUGGCAAGGAAUCUGGAAACAUAUCAAAUGACGUCGGGAAGUUGACAGUUUGUGCAAGCGGCAGUGGAUCUCCUUGUCUGGACUUUCGGCGCGUAUCACAUGAUCUUUGCGAGGCGACACGAGGAGUUGAUCUCAUCGUACUGGAAGGAAUGGGGCGCGCUGUCCACACCAACUGGAAGGCCAAAUUCUGUUGCGACACAUUGAAACUUGCCAUGAUUAAAAAUUCUCGCCUUGCUAAGAGCUUGUUUCAGGGAAAGAUUUAUGACUGUGUUUGCAUGUUUGAGCCAAGGAUGUGUGAUGACGAUGGUGAGUAAUACCUCAACUGCUCUCUGAUGGAUCGAGGCAAGGAAUUCAAUGUAGGAAAACUGUGAAUAUCGAACGGACAUUUUCAAU